GAAGGAGACGUGUCUUUUCGGGGGAGCUUUCCUCACUGAUGGACUCCGGUGGCAACAUGGGGCAGAAAGGAGAUGUAAAGUUGGCAGAAAACCCCUUUGAAUCGUACGUGGAGUCCCUUCGCGAGCACGCCGAUGACCCGGUGGUGUUGAUCGGUAUCAUCGUGGCUCUGGCGGUGGUGGUCGUGACCUGCGUUUUUCUCAAGUACUUCCUCACUGGUAAGACUGUCCGGAGUGCUGUGCUGCUGGUGGGGCUGUGUGACUCCGGGAAAACCCUGCUGUUCAGCCGGCUGCUGUCUGGAAAAUUUAAGCGAACUCAGACGUCCAUCACUGACAGCAGUGCUCCGUACAGAUCCAAAAAUGACAGGGGCAGCACAUGGACUCUCAUAGAUCUCCCGGGACAUGACAGUCUCCGUCCGCAGUACCUGGAGAAGUUCAAGUCUGCUGCCAGAGCUAUUGUGUUUGUUGUGGACAGCGCGAUCUUCCAGAAGGAAGUAAGAGACGUGGCAGAGUUUUUGUAUGUGUUGUUGACUGAUGGCGUGAUCUCCAGAAAUGCCCCAACUCUCCUGGUAGCGUGCAACAAACAAGAUAUCACCAUGGCAAAAUCCGCGAAACUGAUUCAACAACAACUGGAAAAAGAAUUAAACACCUUGAGAGUGACUCGCUCAGCGGCGCUGAGCUCCCAGGAUGGCUCUGUGGGAGGUACUCUGUACCUGGGGAAGAAAGGCAAGGAUUUUGACUUCAACCAGCUAUCUAUGAAGGUUGAGUUCCUGGAGUGCAGCGCUCGUGGCAGCAAGGGCGAAGAUGGAGAUGCAGAUAUUGACAUCCUGGAGAAGAGCCUGGCGAAACUGUAAAAACAACUCAACAUCCUCAGUGCACUUCAAGGCACAAGCCUCAAAUCAGGACGACUGCAUCACCUCAGUAAUCCAAAAAAAGGGGGGGGGGGGGGGGCUGUAUAGCAUUGGCUUUAUAACUCCAUCUAAACAGGAACCCAUGCAGCUCAUGAAAGGACUUUAACGAAGACAAUUUUGAAACACACGAUAAACAGACAAUUAAAAUAAUUCUGGACAUUAUGGACACGAGGAAUUACGUAGCAAUUUCGCUAGUUGCUCUGCAGUGCUCAGAAAUGAUUUGGUUUGUUCUUCAAAAAAUCGUGGAGCUUCUUUGCCUUGUUUUGAGAAUGUAUAACUAAAAGUUAAAUGGUUUUCAUCUGAUUGCGUUAGGAAGAAAAAUUAUUUAAGGUGUCAGUUUUAUUUCAAGCUUGUCAAAAGCCGCAGACUGCUUUGUGAAAAUACAUAUGUAAAUGACUUUUCUUUUUAGACUUGGAUAAGUCUGGUGCCUUUGUCCCUACAGAAAUGCGUUUGCUGAAUGGUUUAUUUGUUUGAAAAUACUGUCUGAAUACAGAGCUUUUGCAAUGAA